AUGAGGUGUCAUUUCUACCUCUAUGUGACACUUCUUGUUGUCACGACACAGUCUCAAGAACCACUUUCAGUACAAAGUGUCCAACUGUGCCAAGUUGGGAAGACCAGGGCAAGACUUUCCUAUGACGCAGUUGACUCUCCAAGCGAUUGUUUGGUUGGUUCGGGAUAUCACAUUCAAUACAAAGACGGUGACUCGGAUAUGGAAUACUAUUUUGUACCCACGCUUAAUGAAACCUAUGAAUUUGAGGGAAAAACUUUUGAUGUUGAAGUCGUGUCUAAGUGCAUAAAUCCAGAAGGAAUAAUUUUUCUUUCAAUGCCAAAGUCAAUGUUUAUUCAAAAAAUCACUGAAGCCAACAUUGCUACUCCACAAAAUGUCCAACUGCAGCAAAUUUGGGACAAGUGGGCACACCUUACAUGGGAUGCUGUUAACUCUCCAGGACCACAAGCCAUUCACUAUUUGGUCAAUUACACAAAGAAUGGAGCACAAUGGGUUCAACUUGAAAAAACGGAGUGUGCAGCGGUUACUGUUCAUGCAAAACCUGGAUCACAUUUGCUGCAAUUCUCGGAGUUAUCAUUCUGA